GGGAGCCCGCGAUGCCGGGCCGGGCCCUUCUGCCCUUGGCGUCGGUGCGGAGGCCCCAGGGGGAAGAGCGGGGAGCAGUUUGCCAUGGCGGCUGCAACUCAGCUCCUUGCCUGGAGCCUGGUCCUGGUACUGGUGCUGCUCCCAGCCUCUCCCCUGCCCCAGCCGUUCAGCAGCGAGCGACACUCCAGGCCAGGGGCUGCAGGAGCCUCCCUGGGCCCCGGCUGGGUGCAGGAGCUGGCUGGGUGGCUCCCUCUGGGCAGCCCCUCCAAAGAGCCUCUCUGGACACACCAGGAUCUGCCAGCCCUCUCCCCACUGGCGCUGGCUGCCCCGGGAGGGAGCCUGGUCUUCAGUGGGGCUGGGGAGCCGGAUGAUGAGCUGUGGCGAGGCUCCAACCCUGCUCACUCUGCAGCCAUCGGCCAUGACACGGGGACUCCCCCUGCCCCAGCAGGAAGCUCUGCUCUCCCACCCCCGACAUGGCCCCUGCUCCUGGGGUCUGAUGACUCUCAGCAGACGCUGGAGGUGGCCCCGGCUCCGGGAUCUGCUGGCACUGAGGGCUCCGAGAACCGAAGCCCAGGAGCCUUGGCUUUUGAGAGCAGAGAACGGCCCUUGGGCUCAGAGCCCAGGAGCCUGCACCCAGCUUUUCCCAGCCUGGCCAGGCCUCCUGGGGCAGAGAGCAGCCCAAGUCCUGCUGGGCAGGACAGUCUGGGCACAGCCGGGACGCCAUGCCCCAGGCCAACGGUGUCCACUGUCGCCUUGGCGGCCAGGCUGGACUCCACAGCAGGAGCCAGCAGCGCCGAGGGGUGGCAGGCGGCAGACACAGACCCUGGGAGCAUGGGUCAGGGAGGCCAGCCUGUGAGCUGGGCUCCAGGGAAGGGGCAGCCGGCGCCUCAGGCCAGUGUGCCCCAGGAGCCCAGGGAACCACUGGAGCAUGCCUGGGAGAAGGGCCGGGCUUCCCACACCCAGGGUUACUCCCUCCCUCCCUGGGGCAAUGCCCAGGGGCUGCCCCCACACCCCAUAGGCAGAGACGGCCAGCCCCAGCUGGAGGCGUGGUGGGUCCCUGGAGCCAGCCUGGCUGCUCGGCCUGCUACUACCUCCCAGCCGCAGCAGACGCCUGGAGCAGGGGACUCCAUGGCUGGUAGGUGGCCUGGUCUUCCUCCUGUUGUGCUCAGCACUGGCCACCUGGAGCUUGGGGAUGGGGCCUGGGAGCUCCCGCCAAGCCUGGCUCCCGUGCAGGGCCGCCUGGCAGAGCCGGCUCCCCCAGCCCACGGGAGCCCCACCUGGAGGCUCACCCCAGCCCGGACAGAAACCAGAGCCCCGGCCUGGACAGAGGGGCUCUCGGCUCAUCAGAGAAGCACUCGGCGGGCGCUGCCUGGAUCCGUGACCCAGCCACCGCACAUCCCUGGGAAAGCUGCUCCUGGUGUAGAACAGGGACCGGAGCACCCCCGCACCAGGCCCACUCUCCACACCAGCCUGGGAACAUCGCCUGUCCCAACGCCUCCUCGCCCAGGGGCUGCAGCAGAGGAGGAGAUUGGGGCCCCACAGCGAGUCCGGGGAGCGGUGGACCCAAGAACCCCUGUGAAUGCCACCUCCACGGCCACCUCUGCCCCCAGGCCACCACUGCCGGGGAUCCAGCACUCAGAUGAGACCCGACCUCCUGGCCAUGGCAGCACCACAGUCCCUGUGCCCACCCAACCCCAGUCCCCAGCCACUCCCCACCGGGGUCUGAUCAGAGUCAGCACCCAGCGAGCUCUCCAGCGCCCCUCUCUGCCCGAGCCUGGGCCCAGCGUCCCAGCCACUGUGCCUGCCUCUAGCCUGCCCUGCCCCCAUGCCAGUGGGGCCUGCAGCCUCCUGCAGCCCAACCAGACGUUGCUGCGCUGGGCUGACCUGCAACACAUGCUCGGCUUUGCCUGGGAGCUGCACGUCUAUGGCGCCAGCGCCCUCUUCCUACUGCUCAGCCUGGUCUGUGUGGCCAGCCUCAUCGGCUCGCCCGUCCUGGACCUGCCCCACCUGCCCUACACCCUGGGCGCCAACGCCCUGCUGCUGGGUGCCGGCCUGCUCCGCGCCACCUUCCUCCUCAGUGACCCCUACGGCACCCGGGCCAGGCUGCCCGCCCCGGCCGUGCGGCUGCUGUACAACGCGCCUUUCCCGCUGCUUCUCAGUGCCUUCGCCCUGCUGCUGCUGCUGCUCCUGCGCGUGGCCCAGCUGCAGCUGCUGCCGCCCCCCCUGCAGAGCCUGCCCCUGCUAGCCGUGCUGGCUGUGCUCCAGAGCACCGUGCUGCUGGGAGCUGACCUGCUCUCACCCCUGCUGAGCCCCAUGCUGGGCGUGGGGCUGCACCUGCUUUCCUGUGCCUGCGGCACCUCCCUCAUGCUGGCCAACCUGGCUGCGUAUUGGCAGCUGCGGGCCCACCAGGCUGCCAGGCCGGGCGAGGCCCAGCAGGUGUCACUUGGCCGUGAGGACCCCCAGGAGCUGCCUGAGCAGGGCAGAGCCCUGCAGGUGCUGGGCCCCUGCCCGCGGGUGCUACUGGGGUGCAGCGCUCUGGGGCUGCUGUGCUGUGGGCUCCAGGCAUAUGGGGUCCUGUGGCUGGGGGCGGUGCUGGGCCCGCUGGGGGAGUUCUCCUGGCCCUGGUGGUUUGUGCAGUUCUGGUUCCGAAUCUGUGAGCUGCUGCUGGCCUUUGGCCUGUGCUUUGUGGCCUCACACCCCUUCUGCCAGUGCUGCGGCGCCGCUGACCACAUCUGCUGGGCCAAGCUCAUCCGCUACUUCUGCACCUACCACAAGGCCGAGGCACCCGAGUACCCCAACAACUGCUACGACUGGGCCAAUGGCAUGCAGGAGCGGGCAGCCAGCACCGACAUCAGCAGGAGCCUGAUCCGCAACCCGCCCGAGCAGCUACACCUGCGGGCACUGAAGGACAGCAAUGAGGGGAGGGUGCCUGGGGCCUUCUCUGCCGGGGGCUCCACCUCCUCACUGGGCUGGCCUGGUGUCAGCCCCAAGUGCCCCAACGCUGCGCGCGUGAGGCGCUCCUACACCAGUAUCUGCUUCGAGAAGGAGUCGGUGCUGUCGCUGGGGGAGCUGGAGUUCCGCCCACCCUCGCCCAUCAACCUGAGCCGCAGCAUCGAUGAGGCCCUCUUCAAGGAGCACCUAGUGCGGGACAGCAUCUUCCUGCGCUCCAGCCUGCAGUGCCCGGGGCGCCUGGCGCGCCAGGACUCCUGCUCCUCGCUGCGCAGGGGCUCUGCCCUCAUGCCCAUGGCUGAGCCCCUGCUGCCCGCCAAGGCCUGGCAGCGGCGCAGCAGCGACCCUGACUACCUGUACAGCCUGGCCCGCUGCAGCUCGCUCAGCGACCUGCCCUCUCAGAGUGCCAGCCUGCCCCCAAGCAAGGGCCUGCCCAGCGAGCCCCCCACCGAGGGCACCAUCUCGGGCAGCUCCCUCGACAGCUUCUCCAAGGGCUCCCUGAAGAUCAGCUGGAACCCCUGGCGGCACGGCCUCUCCUCGCUGGAGAGCCUGCCCCUGGGGGAGAUGCCCAGCCAGGCCCCGCUGCUCACUGAGGAGAGCCCGGGCCCCAGCACCACGGGAGGGGCCACAGACUCUGAGUGCGAAGCCAGGCGGAGCUUCCUGGCGCUCAGCAAGCAGGUGGAUUCCCGCAGCAUGUCGAGUGACACCAUUGAGCUGUGAGGGGCAGGGCCAGGGCAGCCCCCCUGAGCACCGCACAGAGGAGAGCGGCUGGCGCAUUGCCAUGGGGCAGUGCCAGGGAGAGCCCACGACUGAGGGCUUCCUGCAUGCCCAAGCCCUGCCUGGUGCCAACCCCCCAACCCCUGUCUGUGAUUUUUAUGGAGAUCUAUUUUCCCAGCUCAGAUUUUGCACUGGGGGAGGGGGAAGGGAGCUGGGCCAGCCCAAGAAGCACCAGCACCGUGGGGGCAGGACUUGCUUUCCUAGCACAGGCUGCAGAGCCAGGCCGGGGUGGGAGGCUGCGCUGGCUCUGGCUAAGUGAGGGCCAAGGCCAGGGAGGAGCACCCAGCCCAUAGAGCCAGGGC